AUGGACGUCCCUACGAGCAUUCCGCCGGGGUUCGGCUGGGAGCAGUGGCUCUCGUCGCUCUCAGCCCGGCCCGCACCCUACCUGCUCGUCUUUGCCUUCCUCAUCGUUGCCAUCUCGUACAUGCGCGAGCGGUCGAGGGACCAGUUGAAGCGCAUUCCCUACCUUAACGCCCCACAGUUCUACUCUAGCAUAGGAGCCAAACACGGCGAGGCCUUGAUUGCCCAGGCCCGCCAGAAGUAUGCCCGCCUACCCUACCGCUUCCUGAUGGACAUAGGCGAGGUGGUGGUCUUGCCCCCCGAGUUCAUAGACGAGAUUCGCAAUGAGCCCAACCUUAGCUUCGGAGAGGCCUUUAAAGAGGACUUCCAUAGCAACAUUCCUGGACUUGAACCCAUGAGCCAGUUAAGCGGAGACCAAUUGGUGCAGUCAGUGCUCAGGAAGUACCUAGUCAAGGUUACUCCUGAAAUGACGAGACGCGUGUCCGAGGAAGCCGCCUCCGCCAUCCCCACCAUAAUAGGCGGCUCUCUAGAUUGGCACGAGGUAACGCUGCACCCUACCCUGCUCGCGCUGGUCUCUCGCGUAUCCUCGCGCAUCUUCCUCGGCGAUGAGCUGUGUCGGAGCGAGGAAUGGCUGCAGGUCAUCAAGACGUACUCGAAGGCCUUGUUCGUCGCCGCGGCGAAGCUGCACAUCAUGCCGCGACCGCUCCGCAGGAUCGCGAGCUGGCUGAUCCCCGAACUCAAGGUGCUGAGGGCCCAGAUCAAGGAAGCGGAGCGGAUAUUCGCCCCCGUGAUCGCGAGGCGCCAGGAGAUGAGGCACGCUGCCAUCGCCAACGGCUGGGAGGUCCCCAAGUUCGACGACGCCCUCGGGUGGCUGGAAAGGGAAGCCACAGCCAAGGGCUUAGUCUUCGACGCGGCCCUAGUGGCCAAAUUCGAGAUAGUCGUAGUCGCCGUCGCGCUCCACACCACGAUCGAUCUGGUACAGCAGUCCAUGAUCGAACUGGCGCAGCGUCCGGAGACGAUGCAGCAGAUUCGAGACGAGGUCAUCUACCACCUCCGCGCCGAGGGGCUGUCGAGGGCGUCCCUGUACAAGAUGUCGAUGCUGGACAGCGCUCUCAAGGAGACGCAGCGCAUGAAGCCUAUCGAAACCGUUAUGCUCCGCCGUCGGGUGAUGGGAGACGUGCACCUGUCGAGCGGGCUCACGCUCAAGGAGGGCAUGCGCACCUGGGUCAGCACGUGCCGGAUGCGAGACCCGGGCGUGUACGAGAACCCGGACCAGUGGGACGCGAACCGCUUCCUCAAGCUACGGUCGCAGCCGGGGUGGGAGAACACGACGCAGCUGGUCUCGACGAGCCGCGACCACUACGCGUUCGGCUACGGCGAGCACGCCUGCCCCGGCAGGUUCUUCGCCGCCAACGAGAUCAAGGUGCUCUUCUGCCACCUGCUGGUCAAUUACGAGUGGAAGCUGGCGCCCGGGGUAGACGUUCGGCCCAAGAUUUUUGGCAUAGCGUGGGUCGCAAGCCAGGAUGCGAAGCUGUCGAUGAGGCGGAGAGAGAAGGCCGAGUUCGAUUUCGGGUCGGUCUGGGAUGCCGAAACUCCAGGCAUAAUGGAGGUGUGA